AAUAUUUUCCUCGCUCUUGCUGCGCGUCCACGUCAUCGCUCGUCGUUUCUAUUUUUUUUAACCACUCCGUCCAUAAAACCGCAGCAAGCCAGCGUCGGUACUGCUUCAUAGCGCGUUGACUGUACAAGCUGUCUGACAUGAGGCUGGAAUUCGCCGCUCUUCUGUGCGCCUUCUGCUUCGUGCGCCUGUCGCACUGCGCGCCUCCGACCUGCUACUCCAGAGCGCUGAAACUGGGCAAAGAAGUCAUGGUCCUGCUGGACACGAUACACACCUCCAGCCGCACGAAGACGUGCGCUGAAAUGCUGCCUAGGAUCUUCAUUGAUGUGCACAACUCGUGCAUCACAGCCAAACUUCGUGACUUCCUUUAUGUGAUACUGAACCAGAAUCCAGUCUGCAAAGAACGUCGCAGGAUGAUGAUGCUGAGACAAAAAGUCCAAAUCUUGUACAGAAUCAUCACCAUGUUUUGUUACCGGUCCUCGCAGGACCUGGUGUUCUUAUCCGACGACUGUGAGGCAAUCGACACAGGACGCAGCCACCCGUACAAUGGAGAGGACAGGCUUCAGCUGCUGCAGGAGGACAGAUGAGCCACGGGCGUGCUCCGUUCAGAGUACGACACAUGGGCAGUAUGUAGAGGACACACACUAACUCACUGUGGCAGGACACAGCGCGCUCUCACCGCCUCACCCAGCUCCGACAGCCGCAGACUCAUGUCAGCGUGUACAUGUGCGCGCACAUUCCACACACAACUUUCCACAGGAAAUUAGCCAAAUGCCAGUCAUGCCAAAGAAAACCUUGUGAUAACAAACGAAUAAACGAUGCUUCUGGGCCAGGCUUUAACCGCUGUUUACCUACUGGGCCAGUCAAAAGUCUGCGGGUCAUUAAGAGAAAAAUGUUUUGUCGCUAUAACCCCUGGUGUGAAUAACAGAACGUCAAGCAGAGAUUUCAAGCCUUUUUCGCAGUGGUCGAAGGUGUCACGUGAGAAAUGUCUAUACAUUAUUCACUUUCUUAGAUUAGUGCUUCUCCUUAAGGUAAAGGCACUGAAACGUUAGUGAGACUACACUGUUUAUUAUUUGCCAGUUUAAGUCUCAAGUUGUAUAAUAAACAUUCUCGUCAUAUAUCUA